AUGGUAGAACCGAGCCCUGGGAAGGGUCUCGGUGUCUUCGCAGCGCAUAUCUUGGAAACCGGUUCAAUCAUCAUGCGCGAAGCCCCGGUCAUAACAAUAAAACCUCCAAAGCAUGCUCCAGGAAGCGCCUAUCCACUACCUAUAAUUUCCGAGCUCGUGCACGCAGAAUAUGAUCGUCUCUCCGAGGCAAAGAAGCAUGACGUGCUCGACUUGACAUACUCCGUCUUACCAAGCGACAUCCGACGAUACGGCGACAACCUGGACAUCCUCGGCCUCAUCUUCCGCAACAACGCGUACGACACCGGCUCCGAGAUCGGACUCUUCCCCAAGAUUGCGCGGAUAAACCACUCGUGUCGACCCAAUGCAGCGUACUACUGGAACGACAAGCUAAAGCGACGCUUCGUCUACGCCACCCGCGAGAUCGAAGAAGGCGAAGAGAUCUUCGUGUCAUUUAUCUCCCUACUCAUACCCCGCGAAGAAAGACAGAAGAAGCUCGCUCGUUACGGCUUCACCUGCACGUGUCCAGCGUGCUCGCAACACCCGGUUGAUCUGCACCACUCGGAUAAGUCCCGCGUGGAUAUUGAGCAGGCUAUCCGAGCUUUUUCGGCGCAGAUGAACUUGACAACCCCGACGCAUCCUUCUGCUAUUCGGAAAGCGCGCAAGAAUGCGGAUUCGAGUCUGCAGCUCGCUAGUUUGGUGGAGAAGGAGGGGCUGGCGGAUUAUUACGCGCAGGCGUAUAGGAUUGCGGCGAUUAGCCAUGCGAGGGUAGGAGACUGGGAGAAGGCGACUGUGUGGGCGAAUGAGGGGUAUAAGAGGAGAGUUAUGGAAGAUGCUGAGAGUCCGUGGACGAUGGAGAUGCAUGAGUUGACGAGAAGGUUUAUCGAGAACUGGGAGGCUGAGUUGAAGGGAUAG